AUGCUAACGAAGAAAACAUGUGAGCAUCCAACUAAUCAUCUCAAUGAUAAUACUGAACGGGGUUCCGAAAAAGUUAAAGGUAGUCGUCUGAGAUGGCACAAUGCAGCGCAAGCUGAAGCUUUAACCAACUAUAUUGUACAGCGCUACCGUGCACAAUCAGCAUUCCGUAGGUUGCAAUUCAGAGCAGAUACCCUUCUCUGUCCACGAUGUUACCUCGAAAUGAAAGCUGGAUAUGACAGUAAGAACGUCAUAAAGCAAAAGCGACGAAGUCGAGCCGACGAAAAUGUAUCUGGCACCGAAGAUGAACGUUUAGCAACUAAACCUGAGAAAAAACGAUUCUGCUUAUUUAGUUGUACAUCGGCAACUUAUGCGAGAGGCGAUGACAAAGAGGAAGGGAACGAUUCUCGAGGUGUACAAGAGUCCGCUCUUUCCAAACAACACUUAGUCGUCAGUCCUCAUACCAUAUAUAUCAAAAGAUAUGUAUCUAACCUGCGAAAAAACAUUUUGUCGACACUGGUUGGACACGGGUGCACAUCGAUACCGAAUAAUUUUUUUUUUGAGCACCAAUUCCGUGAUAGUGCAUCGGUGCAAGAUUUUGACGUUCUUUCUGGCAUCGAUUUUACUUUUUCACAGAAAUUUCGAGAAUUUCCACGAGAAUUUUAG